AUGGCACAUCCUGCAAACAAGGAGUUGGCGCAUAGACAGCAGUUUUACUUUUGGAAGAACUAUAGAAACAACCGGCUGAAGCACAUAUUACCAAAGCCACUUCCCGAACCUUCGGCUUCUGUGGGCCCAUCAUCUUUGCCGACUACAACAAUAACAUCUAUUCCUCCAGUUCCUUCUCCAGCUGUUACUCAAGCUCCAUCCCCUAUGCAGUAUGGCAUGGGUCCCGGAUCCUUCGUGAAGAAUGAUCCGAGAAAUAGUGGAGUUGAUAGAAGAAAGAGAAAGAAAGAUGGGUGA